AUGGUCGUCGCCUCACGGCACGGCACGUCAUCAACAUUGGAAUGCGAUAAAACUUUUUUAUAUGUUGUUUGUCAUGUUGUUUCCCAACAAGCGACAAGAUAUUCAGUAAAAACGCACAAACAACGCAUGAGAUAUGUUCCAAAAAUAAUAUCGGAAAAAAGAAUAAGCAAGAGAAAAAAACAUGAUACAACAGAAGCAACA